UUCGAUUCAUCACCGAGCCAGGCCCUGUGUGAUUCUUGAUUACGUCAAGAAUAAUCAACCAAACCAGCAUCAAGUCUUUAUCCUGUUUCCUGUUAUUGUGUGCUUGAGUCUCAAGAGUUAGUUUGAUCAUUUUUAGAGCUGUGAGAACUUCAUCUUCUAGCAUCAACUGUAACCUCUCGUUCCACUUCCACCUCUACAACUACUCCCAAAAUAUAAAAAAAUGGCAAGUUUCAAACCAGAGGAUGAGCUCUUCGGCCAGACCGGUGCUGGUAUGGACGGUGGAGAGGAGGACGUGACAAGACAAUACAUACAUAUCAGAAACCAGCAACGAAAUGGUAAGAUUAUGAAAAAGAAUAAAGAUAAAGAUGAUCAAAAUCAACUACAUGUUCAAAAAUUUAACAGUAAGUAAUGUAAGUAGAAGAAAGCAUCUGCAUGAUGUGCUUAUCUUAUUAGUAGACACGUGCGAGUGCAGAACAAGUAGACUUUUUACUUCUACUAUUCUGGAUCAUCCCAUUGGGUGAUAUUCUUCUAUCGAUGAUGAUUUUCAUUACAUCCACCUUUUCCUGACCUUUUCCUGACCUCAUCUUCUUCCUCUUGACUUACUCUUUCUCCAUCUCCCUUUUCAGGUAAGAAGAGUUUCACGCUUAUCACUGGAGUCCCAAGCUGCUUCAACCACAAGAAGAUAGUAAAAUACUUGAAGAAGAGUUUGAACUGCAACGGAAACAUCGUGGAGGAUGAAACAUUCGGGUACUACAACUUCUAUUCAUCUGACUUUGAUUCCAGUAUUCUAACCGAGCUUGAUUCCCUUUCAAUUUGAAACGGGCUGGCAUCUGAGAUUCUUCCAUCAAAAUUUCAAACUCCAUCAUUAUCAUCACAACUACGUCUACCAAAAACAGCACCGUUAUCCAGUUGCAGGGUGAUCAGAGGAAUGACGUCGCGCAAUUCCUCUAUGAAGAAGGGAUCGCAGAAAAGGAUCAGAUCAGAAAGCACAUGUAAGCGUAGGGUAAGAUUAAGAUGACCUUGCCACUCGUCACGGGCGGUGCAGAGUGGUCAAGCGAAAGCGAAGGGAGGCUGAAGAGCUAUUUUUAGUACAACAUAUCACAAUCUUGUACUAGCAACCUCAUAAAAAUUGCAUCAACAACACUAUAUCAACCACUGACUGUGACUCUACGACAACUCCAGUUGCAAUAAAUGAUAAACGGUUUCACCAACAACUCACCAAAGAAUCGGGAUGAUACCUCGUCAUCUCCGAAGACGCUUUUAGAUAUCACACGCUAUUACAUAUACAUGUGUCAUGAAUAAAAAGUAAGUUGCAUUAUACUUCACACGACAUACACUUACACAUCUUCUUGCGCCACGCACAAGAC